AUGGCAUCUGUGCCUCCUCAUCGUGCUGAGUCGCUGGCUCGUUCCUUCGACAACGCAAACCUGGACGGCAACUGCACAUUGGAGGAAGCCAUCGCCCACACCGACGGCAUGAAGAUCCUUUACCUGGAGAAGCCAAUGGUGGUGAACAAGGAGCCCGGUUCCAUUAAGCUAGGCGAUUUGCCAGCUAAAAUGGAAAUCACCGACUCCGUGAAAAAGAAGACGCAGUUCCUCGAUGUCAUUGCUGACCACGAAGGGCCUAUUGACUUGAAUGCGGUAGAGACAAUGUUCCUUCAACAACGGUAUGCCGACCUACCCGAGCCCGUGCGCAUGAAGGGGAACUUCCAGGCCCCCUACAACAUGCAGAUUUUCAUCAUCCCCAAGGAAGGGGGCAAGAAAGACAUCAUUAAGCACAUCAAAUUCCUAGAAGGUGCAAAGGUCCUCCACAGCUCCAUCAUCUCUAUGUGCCAGGGCGUUCCACUCGAGAUCGACUUGCAGGGCAAGUACCGCGAUGGUGGUCGAGGACUACAGUACAUGCUCGAGGGGCUGGGCGGCUUCCAGGUCCGCUACCAGAAGCUCGUGUCCGCCGGUGCCUCGAGCAAAAUGCCCAAAGAGACGGAGGACAUCCGCAAGGGCUUCGCCUAUAUCCGUCAGUUUGGCCCGGAAGAAAACUCCGACGGGCAAUUCACAGUGUGGACGGAGGAGCAGGUCAACGAUCCGAACGGCCCGCUCCACAAGUGGGACAAGGGGACCAUCAAGGAGUUCCUGAGGUGCCUCGCGGACCAAGGCUCUCAAGCUAAUACGAUCAAGGAGUGGCCUCUCACCUUCAAGAGCAUCACGCCGUGGGCUUUGAACACUAUCCUUGCACCGAUUCUUCCUCAUGUGAUGUCCCACUCCGUUAUCUGGAUUGGCAAGUCUCAGGUGGGUAAAAGCCCGGUGUCCUACACCCUCUCAUCUGUGGUGUCCGCAUAUUGGUUGAUUCAGGAAGAGAAGGAGGGCAGCCCUUGCUUUCAGACAUGCAACCACCUCGACUACUUCCGCAAGGAGAAGGGCAGGCGGACGAAACCGAGGGUGUUUGAUGAUGGCAACCUCAACCUGGAGCAUCCCGCAGGUGUUAAGGCAGUGACGGAGGUGGACGGCGUCGACAGGAAGACAAUGGCAAGAUACAACGCGUCCUCGUACGCGAAGAAUCAGCUAUGCCAGAUUUGCAGUAAUCCCUAUGACAGGACUGCAGAGCCGCCGAUGGACGCCAAUUCGACUCAGGACACCGUGACCUUCGAGCAGUUCUACAAGAUCGUGCGCCCCUCCUUCCACAGGGACUUCGAUGAAGAGGACCUUGUCGGUGUCUUCAAGCGAUCCACCUUCAUCGUCUUCACCGAUGUGGGCAUGUACGUACGUGUGCCAGGCACAGACCGCAAACCCGUUCCCCGGUAUGCCUGGCCAGAGCGGGAUAUUGGCAUGAUCUCUCCAUCUGCCCGACCCCUUUUGGCUGCCUACAAGCGCGGUAACCUCUCUCACUUGCCGGCAGAUCAUGACAAAGACAUGCAGUGGAGUUUGAACUUGCUGCAGGCUGCGCUGGAUGGCGAGGAGGAAGGGAUUGAAGAUCGACCAACACUCGCGGGCAUUGAGGGCAAGACCAAGUACUACCUGGAUGCUGGCGCUGCCGUCGACGAGCCGCCCACUAAGAAGCUUCGAUCUGUGAAGUCCUCUUCCAACUUGCUCAAGGAGAUCAAGAACGAGAAUGCGCAGGAUGCCAAAGACGAGCCGAAGGACGAGGAUGAGCAGAAAACAAAAGAAGAACAGAAGGAGAACGAAGAUGCGCAGGAUGCCAAAGACGAGCCGAAGGACGAGGAUGAGCAGAAAACAAAAGAAGAAGAGAAGGAUGAGGACGUGCAGGGUAUCAAAGAAGAACCAGAGGAGACGCAUAAGGUGCACAUCAAGCAAGAGCCAGUGGAUCCCUCCUACUUUUCCAAGCCAUUGAGCCUGCGCCCUCUGGUGAUCAACCUGUCAGACACGUCUGAGGAUGCAAGUGACCCAGCCUCUGCUGCACCGGCUGCGGCUGAUGCGGUGGACCCUGUGGAGAAGCUUUCUGACCCUACAGCUCCUCCAGCAGCCGAUGUGGUGGAUGAGACCAAGGUCCUUGUGCCUUUGCCGGCUUCUUCUCCUGAUGUGGUGGACCCUAUGGACGAGAUUCCCGACCAGUAUGACAUCGAGGCAUACCGAACCCUUUCCCAAGAACUCGCGGAUGCCAUGGACAUUGACGACAACUGA